GCUGCUAGCACAGACAAUGUAGUAUUGCUAGAUGGCACCGGGACCGGUUGAACGGGCCAAAUAUCCCAUCGUAGAAGAUUCUGAUUCGCACUGGUUUCAACUCAACGUCUCCGGCGGUGCUCGGGCAUUGGAGAAUCCAGGGGUAAACAAUGCCCAAGACGUGGAUGUCAGGAAGGCAAAAAUCGUGAUUCCUACUUUCGCGUACUUCUCCAAAGGCAGUCUCGACCGUGAAACGAUGCGGCAACGGAAUAUUUACAAGUUGGGUGGUGAUAAUUCCAUUACGGCGACGGCACCUCUUGCAAAAUGUGGGGCAAACGCAGCCAGUCAGAUGAGUGUCCUAGCCUCAGAAACUUGA